GACUCCGUACUGAGCCAGGAUGUCGGAAAUUAACGAAGAGCGAGAAAAACAACUUGACGACUUGAAUAGUUUUAUUCAGUCGUCUUAUGAAGAACUAACCAGUGUUGUGUCUUCGCUAGGAUGGACCUUAGAGAGCAUAUCAAAUGAGAGCCACACCACUGUUACUUGUCCGUUUGAUGAUGGUCAUCGAGUCAGGGAAACUAGCCUUGGAAAUCAUUUGGAAAAAUGCCAGUGGAAAGCUGAGGGCUACAUGGAAUACGAUUUGCCUCUCUCGGAGCCUUGCCCAUCUGUUAAUCCUUCAUCUUCAAUUAAAUUUGAUGAACAUCUGCAGGACGAGGUAUUGCUACAAGCUCAACAACAAGAUCCUACAAUGGUCACAGCAGGUAUCGGUGACAGAUUAAUUCCUCGAACAUCGGACAGACUCACAGCAAGUUUCACUAGCGAUGAGAGAAAAGCUGUUUACGACUACGUUAUAGCCAACACAAUUACGCCUGACAUUGGAUAUGACAUUGCUGAUAUGAAUAAAGUAACGCAGAGAGACGAAGAUCGUCCAAAAACAUCCCUCCUCGAGUUACUGGCACAAGAACGUAAUCUGAAACGGAGAAGAGCCAAGCAUCGGGGUGUUCAUACAAACAAAAAAUCUCAGGUUGAAAUAUUACGAGAAGUGAUCAAUCAACAGAUGGAAAUGUAUGAAGAGUAUAUCACUGAUUCGUUAAUAAAAGUGGAUUCCAAGUCUUCUUCUAAGUCGGAAGCAAGUUCGUCAGAUUUUCACACCAAUUUCGAGAAGAAAAAUCUUGGAAAUAAUCAUUUCUCCGAGUGGCCGGGAAAAAGCUCCACCAAAAGCGAUAAAAAGAAGGACAUGCAUGCGUUUUCACCGGGCCAAAAACCCGCCACACAGAACAACGACCCCAGUUGUGUCAAGAGAAGAAAUAGGUCUCCGUCUCGAGGUAAUGAAAGACAAAAGCACCACUCCAAACACUCGAGAGACCGUUCAAAGGAAAGAAGUCGGCACAAGGAUGUGAGUCGUAGAUACCGAGGAAGGGAAGAAAAAUCGUGGAUCAAAGGAGAAAAUAAUCAUCAAACAGAGGAGGAUGAAACGAAGGAGCGAAAAAAACGACAUCGGUCGCGGGAUAGGAGUGAAAAAUAUAUUGAGAAAUCACGGCGACACGAAAAAUCUGAUGAUAGUUAUUUCUACAGGGAUCAACGUAAACGUGAUACUUAUAAUACAAGCUUCUCUCGCAUGAAAACAGUAUCAUUAGUAUUUCAUCAGCAGUUUCCACUCGAAGCAAUAUCAUUUUAUCAGCCUUACUGCAGGCAACCUGACGUACCGCGAUGCUCAUUACUGCAACCAAUGGUAGCUGUUGCAAACUUCAUUACACUCACCUCACACAAUAAAGUGAAACCUUCGAGUUAA